AUGAGAUUAGAUGGGAAACUUACGUUUUGGGUGCAAAUAAAGUAUGCGGUAGAGAAAGCAGCGAAGGCCACUGCUGCCUUAAGUAAACUAAUGGCUAACACAGGAGGACCCGUCGCGAAAAAAAGGAAAUUGUUAAUGACAACAGUAAACGCAAUUCUUCCAUAUAGUAGCGAAGUGUGGGCAGAUGCACUAGAUAUCGAAACGCGUAGAAAAGAAAUAAUAGCGGUGCAUAGAAGGGCAGCUCUACGUAUCACAUCAGCGUAUCGCACUGUCCUGGCGGAAGCAGUUUUUGUAAUAGCAGGUGUAACUCCAAUUGAUCUUCAAGCAAAGGAGCGCCAAAGAGUAUACAACAGGAAAACAAACGGUGACUAUACUCAACAAAUGGCAAGACAAGAUCAGGACCAAACCAUCGAAAUGUGGCAACAAAGAUGGAACAAUAGCACACAAGGAAGAUGA